CAUUCUUUCCUUGGCGGCUAACACUUCCUCUCUUGCAUUUCCAUGUAUCACGUUUAUAGAAGCAUCAAGAAUGAAGAAUUCUUUCCUUGAUUUUAAAGAAAUCUAAAAUCCAACUUUUCUAAAUGUGUUAAGCCCUCAUAAAAAUCACAUAAAACUCCUCUUUCCAUUUCAAGUCUGCCAAAAUCUUGCAGAAAUUUGCAAAGAUGGGCCAAUCCUUCAAGAAAAUGGGAAAUGAGGAGAACAAAAUUAGUGAAAUUGAAACUAUCAUCGAAAAAUGUUAUGAAAAGUACUUUGAAAACCAAAUAUUUGAGUGCUUACCUGACUUCUACCAUGCAGUUUGCCAAGCAGUCGAGGACAUCAACAAAAAAAUCGGUAGCACGUCAUUUCGGGUGCCAAAAACUACUACACUUAAGGAGGCAUACAAUAAACAUCACAAACGAGGAGAAAAAAACUUGACAAAAGAAGAGUUUCAAAGAAUCCUUCAAGAUAUAAUUAUGGACACAGGAGUUACUGGAAUUGGUGCAAAAGAUGUAUUCUUCUACAUGUUUGGAGUUCCAUCAACGGCGCAAAUUAUUAAGCAAAUGUUAAUACCAAAAGCUAUUCCAAAUGAACUUUUCAUUCCUGUUGUCACUUCUGUUACUGUUUUUCUGCUUGCAAAACUUAACAAAAUAUGAUUAAGUUGAAGCACAUUUAAUUUUUUUGAAUUUGUUUGGGGAUUGAUAUGUUGUAUUAAUAAUGCUAAUUAAGUUUGUUUAUCAUCUUCAUAAUAA